UACUACCUACAUGCUACCUACUAUCAUAACCCUAUACCAUCUACAUAACUAUUACAUACCUACUACCUACUUACCAACUACUACACACCAUGCCCGACCCCCAACCCCAACCCCAAAUCCAAAUCCAAAUCCACCACCGCUGCUCCUCCCCAACGGGCCUCUCCUCCGUGACCACCCUGCUGACCACCCCGACCUCCUCCCUCCUCAUCGACCCUCCGUUCCUCCUCUCCGACGCCCACGCCACCCUCGCCUGGCUCCGCACGCUCACCACGCCCCUCAGCCCCCUCAAAGCCAUCUUCAUCACCCACCACCACCCGGACCACUUCUUCUCCGCCAACCCCAUCCUGGCCGCCUUCCCCGCCGCCAAAUUCUACGCCGCGCCCUACGUCCGCGCCCGCAUCGACGCCGAAUACGCCCAGAAGGUCCCCUACUGGGCCAAAGUCCUGGGCCAGGAGAACAUCCCCGCCGCGCCGCAGCGGCCGGCGCCCUAUCCGUUCUCGUUCUUUUUGCUGGGUGAGGAGCAGGAGCCGGUGUUUUUGCUGGGACCCGUGGUGGGCGAUUGUGUGGAUCAGACGGUGUUUUGGAUCCCUGGGGUGAGGGCCGUUGUUGCGGGGGAUGUUGUGUUUGGGAGGAGUGUGCAUGUUUGGCUCGAAGAAACCGAAACCCCCGCCCUUCUCUCAUCCUGGCACUCGACCCUCAACCUAAUAGCGAGCCUCAAUCCCGUACACAUCAUCCCAGGCCACAUGGAAGCCGGAUGGGAGCUCGAUGCGGAAGCUGAUCUCGCGCACACGCGUCGAUAUCUGGACCUGUUCGCGGAGAAAGUCUUCCCGGGUGCGAGUGGAAAUGGCAAUGCGAAUGAAAACAGCAAUGAGAAUGGCAACGUGAAUCGAAACGACAAUAACAACGUACCAACCAAACCACCUGUCCGCGAACUAUACGAGUUCUUCGAGAGGGCAUUCCCCGAGUGUCGCGAGAACAAGGACUUCUUUCUAGGCCACCUGGCGAAUCAGUUCGGGGAGGGGGGCAAGGUGUGGGAGGAGAAUAGACAUCCCGAGGUGGUGAGCGGGAGGACGGUGGAGGGGUUGAGUGGGUUUUUGCUGGGUUGAGUUCGGGGUUGAGGUUGAGGUUGAAGUUGAGGUUGAGGUUGG